AUGCGACCAUGUCGGAUUCUGGUCUUCUUCUCUGGCUUGCUCCUUCCUUUUCCUGCUUUACCUUUCCUUCUCUCAUUGUCACUCCCUCUUUCAUCUCUCCUUCUAGAUCCUCUCUUCCUGUUCCUUCCUCUCUUCUUCCUUCAUUCUCUUGUCCUCCUUCACCUAUUGGCUGCUCUCAAAGCACUGCAUUCUCCAUCCCGGGCAAUCGUCCUGCUUCCCCCAACCCCCUGCCCUGCUUCCCACCAUCCCCUUCCCCGCUUCCCCCCAUCCCCUUCCCUGCAUCCCCACAUCCCCUUCCUUGCUUCCCCCCAUCCCCUCCCCUGCUUCCCCCAAUCCCCUUCCCUGCUUCCCCCUAUCCCUUUCCCUGCUUCCCCCCAUCCCCUUCCCUGCUUCCACCCGUCCCCUUCCCUGCUACCCCCCAUCCCCUUCCCUGCUUCCACCCGUCCCCUUCCCUGCUUCCCCCCAUCCCCUUCCCUGCUUCCAACCGUCCCCUUCCCUGCUUCCCCCUAUCCCCUUCCCUGCUUCCCCCCAUCCCCUUCCCUGCUUUCACCUGUCCCCUUCCUUGCUUCCAUCAAUCCCCUUCCUUGCUUCCAUCUAUCCCCUUCCUUGCUUCCCCCCAUCCCCUUCCCUGCUUCCAUCCAUCACCUUCCCUGCUUCCCCCCAUCCCCUUCCUUGCUUCCCCCCAUCCCCUUCCCUUCCCCCCAUCCCCUUCCCUGUUUCCCCCCCUCCCAUUCCCUGCUUCCCCCCAUCCCCUUCUCCGAUUCCCCCCAUCCCCUUCCCUGCUUCCCCCCAUCCCCUUCCCUGCUUCCCCCCAUCCCCUUCCCUACUUCCACCCAUCCCCUUCCCUGCUUCCUUGGAUCCCCUUCCCUGCUUCCCGCUAUCCCCUUUCCUGUUUCCCCCCAUCUCCUUCCCUACUUCCACCCAUCCCGUUCCCUACUUCCCUGGAUCCCCUUCCCUGCCUCCCUGGAUCCCCUUUCCUGCUUCCCCCCAUCCCCUUCCCUACUUCCACCCAUCCCCUUCCCAGCUUCCCUGGAUCCCCUUCCAUGCUUCCCAAUGUCCCCUUCCCUACUUCCCCAUGUCCCCUUCCCUGCAUCCCCCCAUCCCCUUCACUGCUUCCCCCCAUCCCCUUCCCUGCUUUCCCGCAUCCCUUUCCCUGCUUCCACCUGUCCUUUUCCCUGGUUCCCCCCAUCCCCUUCCCUGCUUCCCUGGAUCCCUUUCCCUGCUCCCCAUGUCCCCUUCCCUGCUUCUCCAUGUCCCCUUCCCUGCAUCCCCCCAUCCCCUUCCCUGCUUCCCUCCAUCUCCUUCCCUGCUUCCCCCCAUCCCUUUCCCUGCUUCCACCUGUCUCCUUCCCUGCUUCCCCCCAUCCCCUUCCCUGCUUCCCUGCAUCCCCUUCCCUGCUUCCCCCCAUCCCCUUCCCUACUUCCACCCAUCCCCUUCCCUGCUUCCUUGGAUCCCCUUCCCUGCUUCCCGCUAUCCCCUUUCCUGUUUCCCCCCAUCUCCUUCCAUACUUCCACCCAUCCCGUUCCCUACUUCCCUGGAUCCCCUUCCCUACUUCCCUGGAUCCCCUUUCCUGCUUCCCCCCAUCCCCUUCCCUACUUCCACCCAUCCCCUUCCCUGCUUCCCUGGAUCCCCUUCCAUGCUUCCCAAUGUCCCCUUCCCUACUUCCCCAUGUCCCCUUCCCUGCAUCCCCCCAUCCCCUUCACUGCUUCCCCCCAUCCCCUUCCCUGCUUUCCCGCAUCCCUUUCCUUGCUUCCACCUGUCCUUUUCCCUGGUUCCCCCCAUCCCCUUCCCUGCUUCCCUGGAUCCCUUUCCCUGCUCCCCAUGUCCCCUUCCCUGCUUCUCCAUGUCCCCUUCCCUGCAUCCCCCCAUCCCCUUCCCUGCUUCCCUCCAUCUCCUUCCCUGCUUCCCCCCAUCCCUUUCCCUGCUUCCACCUGUCUCCUUCCCUGCUUCCCCCCAUCCCCUUCCUUGCUUCCCUGGAUCCCCUUCCCUUCUCCCCAUGUCCCCUUCCCUGCUUCCCCCCAUCCCCUUCCCUACUCGUAUUCACUGGAAUAG